AUGACACAAACUUAGCGGGCCCGAAAAAAAAAGACCCUCGAAAGUCAAAAAAAUAAACGGGACGGGGUACGGUGCACGUGAGCCACAGACGCCGGAUGACGCGCGUGGUGGAUUAUUGAUAUUCUUCUGGGUUUCAUCAUUAAACAUCGUACCUUCUCUGGACCUAAACAAGUAAGGCAACCAAACCCUAAAACCUGAAUUAAGAACGGAAAGAAGAUCAUAAGUUCAAAAAGAAAAAGGACGACGAGCGAGAAACCGGGCAGGCGGGCGGUUAAAGCUUUCUGACAACCAUAACUUCAAAGAAAUUUCAGGGAGAGAGCAACUGAGCGAAGCAAAAAAGCAGGAGCAGGCGAAACCCCGAGAAGGAGAAGAAGGAACAGAGGAGGCAGAGUGAGAACAGAAACAGAGCAGAGAAGAAAGCAAGCAAGCAAAAAGGAAUUCUCAACAAAUUAGGCACCCAAUCCGCAAUUCCCACCGAGCUUUCAAGGGUUUACUGUACCAGAGUGACUGAAGCAGCAAAUAAAGGAAAGCGAGGAACUUUUUUUCUUGGGAAAGUAGCUACAAUGGUUGGACCGACACCGAAUUUCAUGGACGAGCUAGACUGCGGCAGCUUCUUCGACCAAAUCGACGACCUCAUCGACUUCCCCUCCGACAACCUCGACGCCGUCUUCACCUCCUGUCCAGUCGACGACAACGACAGAACCAUCUCCGCCGCCAAGAACGACGCCGUCGACGAGUCUUUCCCGCCGCCCAGCAUUUGGGCCGCCCACCCGGGCUCUGUUUUCCCCAACCACGGCGGCCCCGACCUCGCCGCCGAGCUGUCCGUUCCGUACGAGGACAUUGUGCAGCUGGAAUGGCUAUCCACCUUCGUGGAGGAUUCCUUCUCCGGAGGAAGCCUCACCAUGAACAAGAACGAGCAUCCGCUCCUCGUCGACAAGGACUUCUCCACGUCGUCCUCAUCGACCACGACGUUGUCUCAACAACAACAUUUCAGGACGUCGAGCCCUGUUUCGGUCCUGGAGAGCAGCAGCUCCUGCUCGGGGGAGCAGAAGCCUGCUUCUGCGCCUCUCAGCCCGGAGGUCAAUGUGGGUGGUCCCGGUGGGAGGUGUGGGCGCGCUCGUAGCAAGCGCCCGCGCCCAGCUACGUUCACUCCUAGGCCGGCAAUGCAGCAGCUCAUCGUUUCACCGACAUCAUCAACCGAGACAACAACCCCUAUGUGCCCUGUCAUCCCGACCAAGCUCACUCCUCAUGAUUCGGACAACCAUGCUGAGUCGCGGCUGCUCAUCAAAAUCCCCAAGCACCUCAUCAAAUCCGAGCAGAAGAACAAGAAGAAGAAGCAGAAGAAGGUCGAGGCGAAUGUUCCUCCCCCUCCUGCUGCUGCUGCUCUUCCUCCGGCAUUGGGUCAGGAAGAGCAAAACAAUGAGUCAGGGACACAGCAGCAGCAACAGCAGGGGCAGGGGGUGAGGAAAUGUAUGCAUUGCGAGGUGACCAAGACGCCACAAUGGAGGGCGGGUCCAAUGGGGCCGAAGUCCCUCUGCAAUGCCUGUGGCGUGAGGUUCAAGUCGGGCAGGCUAUUCCCUGAGUACCGUCCAGCUGCCAGCCCGACCUUCGUACCAGCCUUGCACUCCAACUCCCACAAGAAGGUCGUCGAGAUGAGAACCAAGACCCCCAUUGGUGGCGAAUUAUUCGGCAUGGCUGCAGGAGAAGAUGCUUCCAUGGUCCCUGGCUCGCCCGAGCUGCUGAUUCCGAAUCACUGCAACCCUGCCAUGGAUUACAUGUGAGAGGCAGAGCAGAUGAUCGAUCGGUCGAAUGCAGUAAGGGGUUUAGAGUGGGGGAGAAUUUCAUUGCUUUGUUCAUCGGUUCUUUGUACAGAGGGGAUGGAAAGGGGGGGAAGAAGGUCUGUGGAGAAAAUAGCAUAGAUGAGAUGACCAAACAUUUGUAGGUAAGUAGGGAGGACAGUAAAAGAGGCAGAGGAGGGCGAAAGGGAUUAGUUCGAGAGAGAUCAGAUCACAUUAUUGUAGGAAAGGGUUUGUCUUUUAAGUUAGAUCCUUAAUUAAGGUUAUAUUUUUUAGGUUCUGAGAAGAUGAUCAUCAUCAUGAUGCAGGGGACUCUGUUUUUUGCUCUUUGGGUUUUCAUCAUAAUUUUUUUUCCUUUCGGUUCUGGAGUCGAUUCUUUUUGUAGUUCGUUUAUGGUAGACUGGUUUUCCUUUCUGGGUUCUUGAGAACCUUUCUCUUUUUUGUAAUCAAGUGAUGGCUGAUCUUCAUCAUCCCAUUUCCCAUCUCUUCCAUAUUCAGAACAAUUCAUUCAGGUCUUGUCGGUGCUCUGUUUCCAGUGAAUGUGGAUCCUACUAUACAGCAAACCCUAAUCGUCGGUGCAGAAUGAAGAUGGAAGGGAUGGAAGGGUAGGCCAUGGAAGAUGCGGUGGUGGCUUGGAGUUUUCAAUUACCAACUGAACUUUGGUGGAGUGAGAUUAUCUGGGCUGAGUUGGCGAUUGUGACUUUGUCUAUUGCUUGCUGUGGUUUGUUUGUUGACGCCAUAAGCCAAUAAGAGAUGGCUGAAAUUGGUGGUGGUUUAUGGCCAUCAAUCACCAUGCAAUAAGGGUGGUUGAUAAGAUUAAGCCAGCAAGGACACCAGACGAAUGAUUUUGAUUUGUGAGUGGGAGUGAAGCGUUGUUAUAGUCUCCACAAAUUCAAAACAAUCAUCAAUAUGUCUAUAACUAACUAAUGGGUUGUGUAAAUUUGAACAAAGUUAGAUAGAUGCAAUUUGGACCGAUUGUUUCGAAAUGAA